AUAGGACUUUUGGGAGAGGUUUAUAGAAAACGAGCGACCAGCAGACUGAGUAGAGCAGCUACUGAAGAUGAGGAGCAAUAUCUUCUUUGCAUUAUUCCUGAUUAUUUGGGAGAUCUGGCUCCAAGGCUUCGGCUGUAGCGGGGAACCAAAGCCCGGCACAGGAAAGUCGCCAGGGCUCAAAGCUCCCCAUGUCAUGUUCGUCAUGGUGGAUGACCAAGGCUAUGGUGACAUCGGCUACCAUGGCUCAGAUAUUCACACUCCUGCACUGGAUCAGCUGGCAGCGGAAGGGGUGAAACUUGAAAAUUAUUACGUCCAACCAAUCUGCUCACCCUCUCGUAGCCAACUCAUGACAGGACGCUACCAAAUUCACACCGGGCUCCAGCAUUCAAUCAUCCGGCCACGUCAACCUCUUUGCCUUCCGCCAGACAUUCCCACCCUACCCGAGAGUCUGACCAAGGCAGGCUAUGCCACUCAUAUGGUAGGCAAAUGGCACCUGGGCUUCUGCAGGCCCGGAUGCUUACCCACGGGACGAGGCUUCCAAAGCUUCCUCGGGACGCUCACCGGCAGCGGGGAUCACUUUUCCUACCAGAGCUGUGACGGGGCGGAAGCUUGCGGAUUUGAUCUGCAUGAAGGAGACAGGCCUGCGUGGGAGCUGGCUGGCAAUUACUCAACUUCACUUUACAUUGACAGAGUGAAGCAGAUUCUGAGGAGCCACGACCCUCAGAUACCUCUUUUCCUCUAUCUGUCCCUUCAGGCUGCACACACACCUUUGCAGGUACCGGACCACUUCCUGCACCCAUACAGUUCUCAGGGUAAUCGUGUCAGGCGUCACUAUGCAGCCAUGUUGAGCUGCUUGGAUGAUGGGGUCAGGCAAGUGGUUCAAGAGCUGAAAUCCAGCGGACUCUAUAAUAACUCAAUUCUAAUCUAUUCCUCUGAUAAUGGCGGGCAGCCACUGUCCGGGGGCAGCAACUGGCCACUAAGAGGCGGCAAAGGGACUUACUGGGAAGGUGGCGUCCGAGCAGUGGGCUUUGUCCACAGCCCCAUCCUGAAGAGGAAGGGUGUCAUUAGCAAAGCUCUGAUCCACGUCUCUGACUGGUAUCCCACUUUACUGGCGCUGUCUGGGACCGGGCAAUCCCUCCAUGGUCUGGAUGGCCAUGAUGUGUGGGGUACCAUUAGCGAGGGUUUACCAUCUCCUCGCACUGAAAUCCUUUUUAACAUUGACCCAGUCUCCAGGAAGCCCGGGGAGCCCUAUGACAAGGCUUUGGUGCUUAACGGCUUUGGCAUCUGGGACACAGCAGUGAGGGCAGCCAUUCGUGCUGGCGAUUGGAAGCUUUUGACCGGAAACGUGGGCGAUGGCGACUGGACUCCACCACAAGCCUUCGCAGACAGUCCAGAGAGGUGGCAGAAACUGGAAAAGAGGCGUAACAAGGUGGGGAAGUCGGUUUGGCUGUUUAACAUCUCAUCUGACCCUUACGAGAGGUCAGAUAUGGCCCAAGCUCGUCCUGAGAUAGUUAAGCAUCUUCUCACCAGGCUGGCAGAGUACAACCAGACUGCUGUGAUGGCAAACAAUCCCCCCGACGACCCUUUGGCAGACCCUGAGCUGCACGGUGGCGUAUGGGGCCCCUGGAUGGGCCUUGAAGGCCAAGAGCAUUAUGACGGGGAGGGGGGUCUCAGGAAAGAAAGGGUGACAAAAGUAAAGCAGUGCAAGUUAUGCAAAUUGAGAGCUCUCUUUAAAAAGGUGGAGUCACGUCUGCAGAAGAAUGCUGUAUUCUUCUGAGUGCUGUGGCCAGGAUUGUGAUAGGAUUAAGAAGCACACGUUUGAAAUGACCCCGUCAUUUUUGAGGGGAGCUUAAGGGGUCUAUACCAACCCCUUAUUUGAUUAAUUGACCGAAAUAGUGGAAUGUCCGAAGCAUACUAGAGAUCAAGGUUAGGAGAUAAACAAGGAACUCAUUUAUUAUUUUGUAGUCAAGAAAGAUGACAGAAAGCUUCCAAGAUGACUUCUCUCUGUGUCUCAUCGUCUUGUCAUCCAUGCCCCCCCCAUUCCCUCCAGCCCUCUCAGGGUGACAGAAAGACACCCCCAGGUGUAGCUUUUGUCACCCUAUUUUCCUUAGUCGUACAUUUGAUCACAUCACAGUUGUCUGAGCUACAACCACCGUGCAAGGUCCACUCCCUGUACCAGUGACAAACCUCUGAUAUUCCUCAUGGCGUCAUCAGCGAUCCCAUACAUGACACAGCAGAACCAGCAGAACCACGAGAUACCUUCCCGAGUGUAGCUUGGUAAUGAAUAUUCAGCUGUCCUCAUUCGCUUUUUCAUUUCCCCUCUGGUCAACUCCCCCACACUCUCCCAGCAAACCUCUCCCUUGUGUUUCACUUUUUCUUUUUUUCCUCUCUGCUCCUACUCACUUCGGGUUCUGUACAAAGCGCACAGUUUGA